AUGCUCUGGAAACAUUCCAGAUGGGCCUCUCGUCGCCCUGGAUUUCCAAGCUGGUCUUGGGCGGGAUGGAAGGGGACCAUCGCCACGAAGAUCGAGGGACUUCUUUUUUCCGAGAAAAGGUGGCUACAAAAAAGGAGCUGGAUCCAUUGGUAUGUCUAUGACGAGAAGAAGGCAAACUUUGUCUUGUUCACUUUAGGGCGCGGGGCGGCAUCAGAAGAGAUAAGAGCCAAAGGAGGCAUUCGCCUGGACACGUCGAGCACUGUAAUAGGUGAUAAUCGACGAGGGCUAAGGGCUUCUGCUUCUUCUGACAUUACGGCAUGGAGCAGCACCAUCGCUCUCCUCUUGUCUCGGUUGAGUCUGAAAUCUGCUGACGAAACAUUAACACCUCGUCUUCCUCCAUCUCCCGCAUCCUGUAUCCCAAACUUGGAUAGUUCUACAUUACUAUUUCGCACCCUGACUACCUACCUGGCGAUAUCCACCCUAAAACCAAAUGGUCAGAAGCCGUGCGUUCCUCGAACUGACUUUUCGCUGCUUCCAUUGACACCAAGCCUCUUUCUCUAUACAACAAGCGGAAUUCACAUAGGAAACGCAUGGGUUUCCUCCGAGGCUACGUACAACGAAAUCUUGAGAAAUGAUCAGCAGCAUAAUAAUCGCCUCUCUAUCGAAGUGAUUAUACUGUCAACAUUUGACACUGGAGAUUGGCGAACCAGAAACGAAAAUCCAACAACGACGGAGUACAUAGAAGAGCUCAUGAAAGCAGGAAUGGAUUCUAGAGAUCUGGGCUCUCAGUUUGAGACUAGGAUUGAAUACGACUCGCUGAUUGCUGGUGUUUACGGUCGUAUGGUCAAGGAGCGAACGAGUGUUGCUACGAAAGAUCCAAGUGUUCAACUUCCAUCAGGUUUCUGGAAGCUCCUCGCGACGCAAGCCAGUCUUGAGAUUGCAGAGAGCGGCAAAUUUCCGGGUCAUACCGCGGCAGACUUACAACGCAACAUUGGCGCCUUGAAAGUAGGUGGCAAAUGUCUACCUCGUGAGAGGGCGUUCACACAAUACAUUUUUGACGACUUGAAAGGGGUUGGUCGUGGAAUGUUAGAAAAGAAAUCUGUGGGUUCCUUGCAGAUCCUACUCAUUGGCAGACUUGGGGUUCCAGACAAUAAAGGCAGCGCUGAAGUAAAAGAAAGGAUUAGCAUUGGUGAGAUACAUGAAGAUAGACUGGCACUCAUUGAGGGGCUUGCUGUUCGGGAUGUUCUUUUGAGAUAG